CCACCACGCCAGAGAAUACGCCCAGUGCUGAAGCGUAGCAGGUGCCGAGAACACGCCAAGGAAGGCAGAGAUAACCCCAACAAACUCCGAAGGAGCGAAGCAUGGGGACGCAAGCGGCGCCGGCGGCUAGCGAGAUCGCGGCGGUGGGUGUGAUCGGCGCGGGGCAGAUGGGCUCGGGCAUCGCCCAGCUCGCCGCCGCCGCCGGCUGCGGCGUCUUCCUCCUCGACUCCGACCCCGCGGCCCUCUCCCGCGCCGUCGCCUCCAUCUCCUCCUCCCUCGGCCGCCUCGUCUCCAAGGGCCAGCUCUCCCAGGCUGCGUGCGAUGAUUCCGUCAAGCGGAUAAAGUGCGUCUCCGAUGUGCAAGAGCUGCGGGGCGUGGAUCUGGUGAUUGAGGCCAUCGUUGAGUCCGAAGACGUCAAGAAGAAGCUGUUCGUGGAGCUGGACAGGAUCACCAAACCUUCUGCCAUUCUUGCGUCCAACACCAGCUCCAUUUCUAUAACCCGGCUCGCCUCAGCUACUAGCCGCCCCUCUCAGGUGAUAGGCAUGCACUUUUUUAACCCUCCUCCUAUAAUGAAGCUGGUUGAAAUAAUACGAGGAGCUGAUACAUCCGAAGAGGUUUUCUCUCAAGUUAAAUCUUUCUCUGAAAGGAUUGGGAAGACCGUUAUAUGCUCACAAGAUUACCCCGGCUUCAUUGUAAACCGCAUCCUAAUGCCGAUGAUUAAUGAAGCAUUUUGGGCACUUUACACUGGGGUAGCAACCAAAGAGGACAUCGACACAGGGAUGAAGCUCGGCACGAAUCAUCCAAUGGGGCCUCUGCAGCUUGCUGACUUCAUAGGGUUAGAUGUUUGCCUUUCAGUACUUAGGGUGCUCCACAACGGGCUAGGAGAUAACAAGUACAGCCCUUGCCCUCUUCUUGUCCAAUAUGUCGAUGCCGGACGACUUGGAAAGAAGCGCGGACUAGGUGUAUACUCUUACAGGAGAAACUCUUCAUCCGUUAAACCCAAAUCAUCUCUGUAAAAAUAUCAGCGCGGCUGUUGAGCAAAGAAAUGAAGUUGUGUAUGUACUCUGUAUAGUGGAAGAAAACAAAAAAGACGAAAGGUGGUACUUGUGGUCA